AGUAGCUACUAGCCUACAGUUUGUAGAGGACACGCACCGGAGCCAUGGACAUAAACGUUGUAAAUGCUCUAACAUACGAGGAUUUUGUGAAACUAUUCGGUAAUGUGGUUGAGAAAUGCCCCCUCAUUCCGGCUGCAAUAUGGUCCCACCGGCCAUUCAAAGAUCUAGCGGACAUCGAGGCUCACAUAAAGGAAUUCAUUCACAGUCUACCAGACUCAGGUAAAGAGGGCGUUUUGCGGUGUCACCCUGAUUUGGCGGGUCUGGACCUCCAGAGCGGGACUCUAACACGCGAGUCUCAAGAAGAGCAGAGUCAAGCCGGUAUGACCACACUGGAUUCCGCAGAGAGUCUGCAAAUGUACCGUCUAAACACAGAGUACAAGGAGCGCUUUGGCUUCCCUUUUGUCAUCUGUGCCCGUCUCAACAGCAAAGCAGACAUUGUGCGCCAACUGUCUGAACGCCUGAAGAACGACCGUGCAGCGGAGCGAGAGCGCGCGGUCGAAGAGGUUACAAAAAUCUGUAGCCUCAGGUUACGCAAUAUUGUCCUAUCUGACAUUCAAACCAAACUGUAACUCAAGUUACCAUUGCAAAAAGUGUUUACUGCAUCUUUCUACUUGAUUGUAUAUUUCUU